AAAAAUUAUUUUUUUUGUCUUUAAUCAGACAACAAGAGCGCACUAGUCGUUGGCUGCUUCCACCUUUUUCUAAUCAUUAAUAGUGGGCUGGGAUUGUGAGCGUAGUCAUAAAUUUCUCAAAUUGUGUUUGAAAGGAAGAAAUCACUCUGCACAUUCACUUUGCGAUACACAUUCUACUUGUGCACUGUAAGCGGCAGUCGGUUUGUUGAAAACCAACAAGUCAUCUGUCAAUCGUCUGCUUUUUCAUUUGAGUGAACCUAUUACAGGAAGUCAAAAUGGCUCGGCGCUAUGACACCCGCACCACAAUAUUCUCCCCCGAAGGGCGUUUGUACCAGGUUGAAUACGCCAUGGAGGCUAUCAGCCACGCUGGUACUUGUCUCGGUAUCUUAGCCAAUGAUGGUAUACUUCUUGCCGCUGAAAGACGUAACAUAAACAAGCUUUUGGAUGAGGUGUUCUUCUCCGAGAAAAUUUACAAACUAACAAAUGACAUGGUCUGCAGCGUAGCUGGAAUUACUUCUGAUGCUAACGUCCUCACUAAUGAGCUUCGGUUGAUUGCACAGCGCUAUCUUGCCCAGUAUGGUGAAUCUAUGCCCUGUGAGCAAUUGGUAUCAGCCCUGUGCGACAUGAAACAGGCAUACACUCAAUAUGGAGGAAAGCGACCUUUCGGUGUUUCAAUUCUGUACAUGGGCUGGGACAAGCACUAUGGAUAUCAGCUGUACCAAUCAGACCCCAGUGGGAACUAUGGAGGCUGGAAGGCCACUUGCAUUGGACACAAUAGCUCAGCUGCUGUAUCAACUUUAAAGCAAGAGUACAAGGAAGGGGAGAUGACACUUGAAGAAGCUAAAGCUCUGGCUAUCAAGGUCUUGAGCAAGACAUUAGAUCUCACAAAGUUGACCUCAGAGAAAGUUGAGAUGGCUACUCUCACAAGAAAGGAUGACAAGACUGUUAUCACCAUCCUCCCUGCGGCUCAGGUUGAUGAGCUUGUAGCGGCUUAUGAGAAACAGGAGGCAGAGGCUGAAGCAGCCAAGCGCGAGAAGCAAAAAAGCUAGUUUACACCAUCUGUGUUAUUGUGUGUAUUGUUGGAAAAUUCUUGAUGUGAUUCCUCUUUCUUCUGUAUUAAUUAAAGCUAUUUUAUAACUGAA